ACGGGUCAGAUGCCGGUCUAUAGUGAGCUGUCGUUGCCUUGUAAUAUAAUGGGGCGAAGUAAUCCAUGUGGGCGAAGCCACGGUCAACAGUUAGUCCCACUAGUAAAAAUCGUUCAAAGUGGAAAAGGUGAUUCGGCCAGACCCGGCUGCCCCUGGGAGCGAUUAGCCUCCAAAUCGACGGGCGGGUAUCAUCGGGCUGACGUCUCGAAUCACCUGUGAGUGUAGCUCCAGCCUUAUGAGGCAGCGACAGGGGUCUGCGGGUCCGGAGAUGUGCGACAGCAUCCCGCUUACGGCGACGGAGCACAAGCUGUACAUCCUGCGGAACCCCGUGCACCAGGCCACGCAGAACACGCCCUGCUUCUCCCAGCACGACAUCAACACUAUCCGAGCCGAGUACUCGACGACGGGCGCUAACCACGCAGAAGGAGGUUGGCCAAAAGAUGUGAACAUUCUAGACCCCGAGGCCACGCAGAGGUACCGUCGCAAGAUAGAGAAAGAUGACAACUACAUCCACUGCAUCAUGGCUCUGUCCCCGGGCAUGGACCACUAUGUGCACCAAAAUAAUGCGAUCGACAUGUACCGGACAUAUUACGCGGAGAUGGCGAGUGUAGCGCCGCGCGAGCGCAACAGCGUGCGCACCGUGAACGUGUACCGCGAGCCGUCGAAGCAGCCGGUCAGCUCCGUGUGCUGGCAGCCGGAGGGCGGCCACCGGUUCGCCGUCACCUACGUCGACGUCGACUUCAACCGCAACCCGCGCAGGGGCAUCAAGGCUGCCAUCUGGGAUAUCGAGAACGCCAACCAUCCUGAGAUGAAUUUGACCCCGCCGUGCACCCUGCUGGACCUGCAGUUCAGUCCUCGCGAGAUCAACGUGAUGGCCGGGGGGCUGAUGAACGGGCAGGUGGGGUUCUGGGACCGGCGCGUCGGCCCCAAGUACGUGGGCGUGUGUCCGCCGCACGUCGCGCACCGCGACCUCGUGCGGAACGUGCUCUUCAUUAACUCCAAAUCCGGCAUGGAGUUCUUCUCUAGCGGCUCCGAUGGAGCGUGCAAGUGGUGGGACAUGCGCAACCUGGAGGACUACACGGAUGAGAUGAUAAUGGACGUGGUGAAGUCUUCGUUCGACGUGCAGAGCAUGGCGACCGCGAACGGCGUCAGCUCGCUGGAGUACGAGCCCACCAUCCCCACGCGCUUCAUGGUCGGCACCGAGAACGGGCUCGUCAUCUGCGGCAACAGGAAGGGGAAGACGCCCAUGGAGAAGCUACCGGCCAAGAUCGAGGCCCACAACGGGCCGGUGCACUCCCUGGAGCGCAAUCCCGGGUUCCUGAAAAACUUCCUGACGGUCGGCGACUGGACGGCGCGCGUGUGGAGCGAGGACUGCCGCGAGUCCGCCAUCAUCUUCUCCCCACCGCUGCGCCACCGACUCACCGCCGGCACCUGGAGCCCUACGAGGCUCUCGCUUAUGGUGAUGACACAAUGGAAUGGCAUGGUGACGCUGUGGGACCUGCUGCGGCGUCAGCACGAGCCGGUGAUCACCAUGCAGGUCUGCGAGGAGCCGCUACUGCGCGUGCGCCUUCAGGAAGCGGGCAGCCUGGCGGCGAUAGGCAGUCAGAAAGGAAACAUCUACAUGGUGGAACUGUCACAGAUGCUGACGCAAUCCGACAAAAAUGACAAACCACUGCUUACCUCGAUAUUUGAGCGCGAGAGCAAGCGCGAGCGCAUUCUGGAGGCGCGACUGCGCGAGAUCCGGCUGAAGCAGCGGCAGGCGGAGGAGGGCUCGCCCGUGCCGUCCACCACGGACAUGGACGCGGCCAUCGGCGACCGCGACCUGGCCGAGGCCACGGCCGAGUACCUCGGUGUCGUCAAGAAGGAGCUCGCCGCUAUGUAGCCUUCAUUGAUUCAUCUACCGCUCAAUAAAUUAUUUUACUUGAA